ACAAAGAAGAGAGCAAAGUCACGUGUCUCAAUUAACAACCAGUCUCAACUCUUGAGAGAGAGAGAGAGAGAGAGAGAGAGAGAGAGCAUGGCUUUUUGUAGAGAAAUUAUUGGGCCUUCUUCAUUAGAGAGAUCCUCUCUGCUCCCAAACCCCAAUUCCAUUUUCUUAAGAAAACAGAGCAUGCUCAGUUUCGAGUCCCCUGCUCAGGUUUCAACCAGAAAGAAGAGGGCGGUGAGAUCACCGGCGGUAAUCAGCGAGGAUGUCAUGAAGCUAGUGAUCGGUAAACCGGCGGCGAAGUUUAGCGUGAGAGCGGCGGUGACCGUAAGGAGAAAGAGCAAGGAGGAUCUGAAAGGAGCCAUUGCUAACCAAUUGGAUGCUAUGUCUGAUAAACUUGGGAGAAAUGUUGUGUUGGAGCUCAUUAGUACUGAGAUUAAUCCGAAAACAAGGAGACCAAAGAGAAGCGGAGAAGGCAUGAUCAAAGAUUGGUACGAGAAGAAGAAUCUAAAGAUGGAGAGGGUGGUUUACACUGCAGAGUUCAUGAUCGAUUCUAGCUUCGGAUUGCCAGGGGCCAUUACUGUGAUAAAUAGGCAUCAGAAGGAGUUCUUCUUGGAGAGCAUCGUGGUCGAAGGAUUUCAAACGGGCACUAUUGUGUUCCCCUGUAAUUCAUGGGUUCAAUCCACCAAGGAUCUCCCCACCAAGAGAGUUUUCUUCACAAACAAGCCAUAUUUGCCAUCAGAAACGCCUGCAGGACUAAGAACGCUGCGAGAGCAGGAGCUUCAAGAGCUAAGAGGAGAUGGUAAAGGAAUCAGAAAGCGCUCUGAUAGAAUCUACGACUAUGCAACUUACAAUGACCUGGGAAAUCCAGAUAAAGGAAUGGAGUUUGUGAGACCUACGCUUGGUGGGGAGAAAAUCCCAUAUCCAAGGAGGUGUCGCACUGGUCGUCCUCCUACUGAUACUAACUUACUCUGCGAGAGCCGAAUUGAGAAACCGCAUCCAAUCUACGUGCCAAGGGACGAGGCAUUUGAGGAACUAAAACAAGAUGCGUUCUUAUCGGGAAGGCUAAAAGCGGUGUUGCACAAUCUCAUUCCUUCUCUCGUUGCCUCUAUCUCCGGCGACAACCAUGAUUUUCUCGGUUUCCAUGAUAUCGAUAACCUCUACAAGGAGGGCCUCCUCCUAAAGCUCGGCUUACAGGACCAUCUCCUUCAUAAAAUCCCCAUGGUUCGAAAGAUUCAGGAGUCGAGUCACGGCUUGCUCAGAUAUGACACUCCAAGCAUUCUCUUGAAGGACAAGUUUGCUUGGCUACGAGACGAUGAGUUCGCGCGGCAGGCGGUGGCGGGAAUCAACCCUGUUAGUAUAGAACGGGUCAAGGUAUUUCCACCUGUCAGCAAGCUUGAUCCCACGGUCUAUGGCCCACCAGAGUCUGGCCUCAAAGAGGAGCACAUUGCUGGUCAACUCGAUGGAAUGACAGUCAAACAGGCUAUAGAGGAAGGGAAGCUCUUUAUGCUUGACUACCAUGACAUCUACUUCCCAUUCCUCGACCGGAUCAACGCAAUGGACGGCCGUAAGGCCUAUGGAACUCGAACCAUCUUCUUCUUGACUCAGCUCGGAACCCUGAAACCAGUCGCCAUCGAGCUCAGCCUACCUCCGGCAAAGCCAGGGUUGACUCAAUCUAGUCGAGUGCUGACUCCGCCUUGCGAUGCAACCAGCAACUGGCUCUGGCAAUUGGCCAAGGCCCAUGUUUGUUCCAAUGAUUCCGGAGUACACCAACUUGUCAACCAUUGGUUAAGGACUCAUGCCAUGAUGGAGCCGUUUAUUCUAGCAGCGCAUAGGCAAUUAAGUGCUAUGCAUCCGGUGUACAAACUGCUGGAGCCACACAUGAGGUACACAUUGGAGAUCAAUGCGCUGGCGAGGCAGAGCCUCAUCAACGCAGAGGGAGUGAUCGCUUCUUGCUUUACCCCUGGUCCCUACUGUAUGGAGAUCAGCGCGGCCUUUUAUAAGAACAACUGGCGUUUCGAUCUUGAGGGGCUCCCUUCCGAUCUCAUUCGAAGGGGCAUGGCAGUCGAGGACAGCUCCCAACCCCACGGCCUACGUCUCCUCGUCUCCGACUAUCCCUAUGCAAACGACGGUCUCUAAUCUCUAAUCUGGUCCGCGAUCCGAAAUUACGUCCAAUCCUACGUGGAUACCUACUAUCCAAACCCAACCAGCAUCCAAACCGACACUGAGCUCCAAUCCUGGUACGCCGAGUCCAUCCACGUGGGUCACGCCGACCACCGCCAUGCCUCUUGGUGGCCCCCGCUCACCACUCCGUCCGACCUAGUGCACAUCCUCACCACGCUCAUCUGGCUCGCUUCAGCCCAACAUGCUGCUUUAAAUUUCGGGCAGUACCCAAUUGGAGGUUAUGUCCCAAAUCGACCUCCGUUAAUGCGAAGGCUCGUACCCGAUCCGAUAGAAGACCCGGUUGAGUUUGAACUGUUUAGAUCCGACCCGCAUAAGUUCUUUUUGCUAGCGAUGCCUGGGGUCUUACAGGCGACUAAGUUCAUGGCAGUGGUGGAUACCUUGUCGACCCAUUCGCCGGAUGAGGAGUACUUAGGAGAGAGGCCGCUGCCGGACACCUGGACAGAUGACGAAGUGGCUAUGGAAGGAUACAGGGAGUAUAGGGAGGAGAUAGCUAGGAUUGAGGAGGAGAUACAGAGAAGGAAUUCGGAUCCAGGUUUGAGGAAUCGAUGCGGAGCGGGUAUGAUGCCGUAUGAGUUAUUGGUGCCGAGUUCGGGUCCUGGGGUAACGGGUAAGGGUGUACCCAAUAGUGUGUCGAUAUAGGCUGCAGAUAUUUAUGGUGGUCUAUUUUUGGGCGAUGUAGAAGGUAACUGUGUAAAAUAUAAGUCUAUGAAGAUUGUGAUUACGAGUAACGUUCAUCAGUAUACAUGUUGUUUGUUUAGAAUGAA